AUGAAUAUGCCGCCUGCUGAAGGUAUGGUGGAUCUGCAGACGUUGGCCAAGAUCUUCGAGGUUCUCGACACAAGCCAGCUCCUCAGCUACAUAAAGCUUGAGUUUUCUAUCUAUUUUCUCCAGAUGCCGAAUAUUCACGAGCUAACGAAUGUAAAGCAUGACGACGACAAGGACCUGGCGACCUGGAUCAAGACAAACUACCUCCCCCGUGACUUCAACGGAGUCAUCGAUCAAGGUGGUGUAACUAUCAACGGUACUGAAGCUUUCGCAAAGUUGUACAACGCUUACAAGCGCGUGCGCACACUCACCAAUCGCGCCCAGGACAAGUGGCCGUUCUUCGACCGUAGGUGGAAGAGCAUGACUUCAGCUCAGGUGACGAAGAUGGCUACGAGCGAGCACGCCACGUCUUCUUCUGAUGCCAUGAAUGGACUUCCACGCAAAGGUUCAUCGGUGCCAGAGUGGAUUGGAAACCGUCCCGAAGCCACCGGGGGUCAAUCUCAACCUAAACUACCAUCUCCUGCUCUCAACCAGACAGCGGUAGACCAAACUCUCGCAACGGGAGGUAUAGCACCAGAAGUGACUCAAAAGCCCACGAAAUCAGUAGAAGGCCUGCCCACACCGACUUCGCCGUCCAUGAAAUCUUUCGCGACACAACCCCAUCACGCGGAGGGCAACAAGGCGGCAAGCAAUACGUCUUCCCGCUCAUCCCCAACCUCAGUUCUUGCUGCAGAAGCUGCACCCGAGCACUCAAACCUCGAUGAUCUACCUGUGUCAUCUGGACAGAAGCGCAAGCGCGGUAACCCAGACUACGAUGAUAACGGACGGUUUGCUCGGGGCCACGGCAACCUGCGCGCAAAUAAGCGCCUUCGUGGAGGCAAGGCCGGACGUGUACGGCGGAACAUGUUAAGUCCAAGGGCGAGAGGGGGCUCGGACAGUCUCCUGAACGAUCAUACGCCGUCGACAUUUGAGGACGAUCGCAACGAUAACGACAAUGAGAUGGCCGAUGGACCUGUCAAGAAGCCCAAGGUAACCGCGCCGAGUCCCCGCGUGACUCGGCGGCAGACGCGUCUCUCUAAGGGAGGCGAUGAUGUGAGCACCUCCACCCAGGCUUUGUCCGCACAGGCUAGCCCGGAAGCCGCUGGUUCUCCGAAGCGUCGCGCAGACAGCGAUACCACUACCCUCGACGAGAAAAACGUCACCGCUGCUGAAGUCCAAGGACGUGCAGCAACUCCCGACCACGAAGAUACAAUGGUUGCCGACAACGACAGCGCCACCACGGUACCCACCGACGCAGAUCUCCUCAACAUGGGCUUGACGCAUUCUGAACGCCGCAACACUGCUGCUACCACCGCGAAGGAUGACCAAGAGAGCAGCGAGCCUGACUCGACGGCAGACACCAAGAAGCAGGCUGCGGCACAAGAUGAUCAGUCGCAGGAGUCUGGAGUCAAGUACUUCGCUCGCGUGAGCACUGGCACUGCUUCCUUCGAAAUUGCCCUCGACGAGGCCAUCACAGGCAAGGACAAGGACCUUACAAGCGACCUACUUGGCUAUGCUGCGUGGAGGGAGAAGAGCGGCGAGAACUCGAAGAGCAUCUCAUUCGACACGUGGCGCAGCAUUUUCAGCUUUGGUCGCUAA